AUUUAUUGAGACAACGAAUUGACCAACUCGAGGCUGAGAAUACUGAGGAUAAGGCUGAGAAUGUGAAGUUAAAACAGGCUAUGGAAGAGAAUACCUCGCUUAAAGUCAGAUUCGCAAAACUAGAGCAGAGCUAUAAAGAAAAAGCAGAGCUCAUUGCAAGGCUGAAUUAUGAUGUCGAGGAAAUCAAGCAGGACAAAAAUGCUAUUAGUGUUUCAGCGCAAUCCGACACAUCUAUACCAAAAUCUCUCAUUGAUUUAGAAAUACAGUAG